AUGAUUUCUUUGAUGGACUCAGAUCCCAGGAUUCAAAUCCAAUGCACCCAAGCUUUAGGACAAUGGAUGAAUCAACUUCCUGAUUGUUUCUUGGGUGGUCAUUAUCUACAAUAUUUGGGUUGGGUCUUAGAAGACAAUGAGGAGGAAGAUGAAGAGGCAGUUCAUGUCCAUGGGAAAAAAGGUAAAGAAUGUGAAAGUAAUAUCUUUUUGGAAAUCAAUUUUUCAAAAAAUUAA